AUGGCUCACGCCUCAGCAGCCGCUGAGACUUUUGCGGAGCAGCCGAAGCAUGCUCGAGCAGUGGACAAGGAAAGUGCGACUGGCUUUGCGAGAGGCCCGUCCACGCAGAAUGAUUUGUUCAACAACUGGGCUCAGAAGGCGGCUUUUUCUGUACGCAUGGUGCCACGACUGAAACAUAGACUCGACCGAAUCUUGGCCCGUGGUCCUGUGGUCAUCUACAGCGACCACUCCGGCUCCGGCAACGGAGAAGAAGGUCUCCAGGAUGUCUUGGAGCAGUGGGUCGAGGCCUCCGACGUCCCCGUGUGUCCUGGGUCGCCCGUGGCUUGGAGUUGCUGUGACCUUUGUCCUGAAGCACAAACAGCGCUGACAAAGACCUCAAGAUGCAAGCACCUCUUCAACCGGGUCGAGGACUUUGCUGAUGAUUCUUUGAGGCGAAAGUUGAUGAAGAAGCUCCCGAAAGCAUCCGACGCGCCGGACAAGAAGUUGCAGAAACUGGAGAUGAUGUCGAACGAGCUCUCCACCCGAAGCCGGGAAUACUUUCCUCCCGGCAGGACAGCUCUGUGCUUAAGGAUCGGCGUGCGAGGGACCGCGACGUGCCUAUGGAGUGGUGAGAAAGUGCCGGUUAUGUCACCGGCGUCUGCGGCCGACGCGUCGGCACACGACGUCAUCUUUCACGAAAAUGUGAUGCGCUUCGAGACCGCGUUGCUUCACGAUGCUUUCUCCGACAUGUAUGACAUCUUCGAGUUUACACUCUCGCCGCCGAUACAUGUGGGUUGGCCCAUUCGCCGGCCGCGACGCCUCACUGCAAUGGUUCGCAAAGACAAAUGGUGCUGCUCAGCAAAUCAGGCUGAGUUCCUGUCUUUGUUUGGCAGGGAGCCGAGCUUGACCGGCUCAGAUCUACUCUGUGCUGAUGAUGAGACCGUGCAAGAGUACAUGUGCGAGAAGCUCAAGCGGAAAGGCCUUUGGGUGACUGGAAACAGGUCGCCGGAUCCGAAAAUGUGCUUGACGAAUGCUCAGCGCCAUCGUCUGGAAGACUGUCUUCGAACCCAGGCCGAGGCCGACCCCGCACCCGAGGACUACGUAAUGGAUGUUACGCAGAAUCUUGAUUGGACUUCUGUAACACAAUACGCGCCGCUCUGGUUUCACCGAGCUCAGCGUUUCGCCUUGCCGGUGGAGCACUUGGCCAUGCAGGGCAUUCCAGUGAUGAGGCAUCUGGAUCCAAACCCGGUGCCUGGCGAUCGAUCCUGGUGCCGCUUUAUCGAAAGCAAUAAGGUGGCAACUGACCCCGGCCAGGAUCGCUUUUGCCUCAGCCUAGCCGGAAACGGAAUGCACAGGCCGUUGAUGGGCACGUGGAUGUGUUACAUGCUGUCGACCAUCUGCCCACGCCAGCAAGACUUUGUCUUUCAGAUGCGGUCGUUCAGCACGAACAGGAGCGACGAAGAUAACAUGUCGGAUGAGGAGUCUUUUGAGUUUUGUACCUGCUGA